GGGCCAGCGCGGCGGCGGUGGUGGCAGCAGCAGCAGCAGCCCCGGCUGCGGGUCGCGACGGCGGCGGGGCGCCCCCUCCCCCGUGCCGGGGCGCGGCGAAGGGAUGUGGGGCUUUGCGGGAGGAAGGCUUUUCGGCAUCUUCUCGGCCCCGGUGCUGGUGGCAGUGGUUUGCUGCGCCCAGAGCGUCAACGACCCCGGGAACAUGUCCUUUGUGAAGGAGACCGUCGACAAGCUGUUGAAAGGCUACGACAUUCGUCUGAGACCCGACUUCGGGGGUCCCCCAGUCUGCGUGGGGAUGAACAUCGACAUCGCCAGCAUCGACAUGGUUUCUGAAGUCAACAUGGACUAUACCUUAACUAUGUAUUUUCAACAAUAUUGGAGAGAUAAAAGGCUCGCCUAUUCUGGGAUCCCUCUCAACCUCACGCUUGACAAUCGAGUGGCUGACCAGCUCUGGGUGCCCGACACAUAUUUCUUAAAUGACAAAAAGUCAUUUGUGCACGGAGUGACAGUGAAAAACCGCAUGAUCCGCCUCCACCCUGAUGGGACAGUGCUGUACGGGCUCAGGAUCACCACCACAGCGGCAUGCAUGAUGGACCUCAGGAGAUACCCCCUGGAUGAGCAGAACUGCACCCUGGAAAUCGAAAGCUAUGGCUACACAACGGAUGACAUUGAGUUUUAUUGGCGCGGCGGGGACAAGGCUGUCACGGGCGUGGAAAGGAUCGAGCUCCCCCAGUUCUCUAUCGUGGAGCACCGUCUGGUCUCCAGGAAUGUUGUCUUCGCCACAGGUGCCUACCCUCGACUUUCGUUGAGUUUUCGGUUGAAGAGAAACAUUGGUUACUUCAUUCUUCAGACGUAUAUGCCCUCCAUCCUGAUCACCAUCCUCUCGUGGGUGUCCUUCUGGAUCAAUUACGAUGCAUCCGCUGCUCGAGUUGCCCUUGGGAUCACCACUGUGCUCACCAUGACAACCAUCAACACUCACCUUCGGGAGACUCUGCCCAAAAUCCCCUACGUCAAAGCCAUCGACAUGUACCUGAUGGGCUGUUUCGUCUUUGUAUUCCUGGCCCUUCUGGAGUACGCCUUCGUCAACUACAUUUUCUUUGGAAGAGGUCCCCAAAGGCAGAAGAAGCUCGCAGAGAAGACUGCCAAGGCCAAGAAUGACCGUUCCAAGAGUGAAAGCAACCGGGUGGAUGCUCAUGGGAACAUCCUAUUAACAUCGCUGGAGGUUCACAACGAAAUGAAUGAGGUCGCAGGCGGCGUCGGAGACACCAGGAAUUCAGCAAUAUCCUUUGACAACUCAGGAAUCCAGUAUAGGAAACAGAGCAUGCCCAGGGAAGGGCACGGGCGGUACAUGGGAGACAGAAGCAUCCCGCACAAGAAGACCCACCUACGGAGGAGGUCUUCACAGCUCAAGAUCAAAAUCCCCGAUCUCACCGAUGUGAAUGCCAUAGACAGAUGGUCCCGGAUCGUGUUUCCCUUCACCUUUUCCCUUUUCAACUUAGUUUACUGGCUGUACUAUGUUAACUGAGUGACUGUACUUGAUUUUUCAAAGACUCCAUUUAACACUGAGUGAAAUAUUACCCUGCCUGUCAAGUUUUUAUACCAGUACACACACACCUACACACACCCACACACACACAAUUGUAUAUAUAUGUGAACUUUCUCAGCAUAUAUAUAAAAGACACGUGUAUAUGAGGAUGUAUGUGUAUAUGUUUAUAUACGCAGGUGUGACUAUCUGCGUAUGUAAGACAAAUACGCACACAUGCCGUACAUUUUGCAACUAUGGACAAUUUAACACAGGAUGCAUAUUAAAGAAAGUCAUAGCUUUUUUUUUCUUUUUCUAAUUGAAAGGGACAAGUAUCUAAAUAUUAUGCCUCAAGAAUGAGGGUGCGAAACACAGUCAUCCCAAAGUGUGUCUUUUAUUAUCCUAAGUUCGAUAUUUUCUCUGAAAAACCAGGAAGGAAUUUCUUAGCUAAUCUUUGGGAACUCCCACAGCGCAAGUUGUGCGCCUCAUAUCCUCUCUUUCGGUUUGCAGCCAAGGCUUGUUGGCUUCUGUGUGACGGGCUUGUUUCAUCAGGUUUGCUUCUCUGUAUCGGGGUUAGCAGACGAGGCGAGUCUCUGGCAGCUCUCUUACCUGAUCCUCACUGGUAGGUAGCUCCCACGCUCGUGUCUGAGAGUCCAUCUCUUGCAACCUCACCGGGAGUAAGCGGUGUCCCAUUGUGAGUACUCCACCGUCCCGUACAUGAGGGGGAUUUCUGUUAACGCAAAGUGGGUCCAGCUUAACUGUCUUGUGGGAACACAAUGGCACGUUUUGAUAAUGAGAUCCAGUCACGAAAGUGUGCUUUCCAUCUUGUCCAGAUCUCUAGGUCCUCUGUAGAACUGGAAGCAUAGGCGUCUCAGGUUCUUUGUUACUCUGAGGUAAAACCAUCUAGAGUGAUUCCCCCUUGCAGUUACAUUACCGUUCUUAUAACAUCGUAUGUUAAUAUGAAUAUAUUUGCAUAAUAUGCAUACAUAUGUAUAUUACCAGGAUUUUGUUUCCUCUGCUUGCUACCAUGGCAGCAUGCGACGUCAUACUUUUCAUUCUGUGAUAGAACUACUUUCUGUUAUCUAGAGAUUAAGAUUGAACCUAAAAAUGUUUCUAUUGUUCACUUUUGGAAACUCAAGAAACAUCCUCACAGCCUUUUUUUUCUGUACUGACAUUGUCUCAUAAGCACAUCCAGCUCCUCCUAGACUGACUAGGAUUCUGCAGGAACACGACCAGUACACACCGCGAUCACACAACGACCCAUGACCGUUCCCGAGGCAAGGAGGGCAACCUGACACAAACACAGUCUCUUUUGGUUCCUUCUGACCCACAGCCUCAUCAGUAUUUGGACUUUUUAAAGCUCGUAGAAACAAGACAAGGUGCACCGGUUUCAUAGACGCAACCUUAACUUACUAUUUAGAUGAGCUCUUUCUAAAGACAAACAAAGAUGAUAUAUUUUUUGUAAACUCUUUCUAUCACGGGCAUCCAUAAACUGACUGCAGUCGUGUGAGCAGGUGUCACAGCGAAGCAUUGGGAAGACAGGAUAAAAAGCAAAACCUGCAGUGAAGAACUGCUAAAUUAAUAACCCCCACACCCACGCAUGCGUCACCCUCACGUUUACCACCCUCCCCAAGAUGUGUGCCGUGUGGACUGCCUCCAUGAACUGACACACUUGAUUUUUCGGUGGCCAUAGCAAUCCUUUAUAUGUGGGAGUCUGACUUUUCCAAACCCAAGCUUAGGUCAAAGCUAAUCCACAGAAUCUUAUGUUAGGGACAGUGACUGAAUUUGAUGCCCUUAUCCGCCUCCAUUCUUGUCUACUAAGUCUUCUUUCAAUCACCGCUCCUUGGCUAUCUUUUCUCCCUGGAGAUGAGCCCGUGAAUUUGGGCUUUUCUCUGGAAAUCUUCUUUUUCAUGGGUAACAGUAGGAGGAGACAAAGAGUUAAACAGAUUCGAAAAAAAAAAUUCUGUAAGUGGCCUUAUCGUUGUAACAUAUUAAAGAAAAGCAAAUGUUUGCGAGACCUUAUCCCUUUCAAUACUUCAGGUAUCUCUCUGUGUACCCUGUCACUCAAGGUGUGAGCCACAUGUCGAAGAGGGACCCCCAAAGGCCAGCCAUGUGGAAGAAGGGGUCAGCCACUGAGAGUUUAUCAUACUAAGAACUGUGACUUUUUUUUUUUUCUGGGAGAAAAGUAACUCAAAAUUUUUUGAUGCAUAGUUGAGAUACCCACAUUAUCAGAGACAGAAACUCCACGGGGCUCAGAAGAACCGCAACACGCUCCCUGGGAAUCUCUGGAUAUAAAUUUGCAUGGUGUAGUCAUAACAGCUUUUGAGCUUUUUAUAUGCAUUUGGCACCAAGACUGGGAUCCACAAAUUUAUAGACACUGCAAUGAAGUUACCAUAGUAGCUAGACUCUAAGUAGUGUUUGUAAUUACACACACACACACACACACAAACACACACGUAUUCUGUAAAAAAAAAAAACAAAAAAAACAAAAAAAAACUCAUUUUUAAGAUUCUUGGGUAUGUGUUUGCUUUACUCCAUUU